AGGUGCGGAUGAUCUGAUUCUAAGUUGCCACACUUCCUAGCACAUUUUCCAAAUUGUUUGAAAUUCAACGUCAUUGACAGUGCCUGAGGAUUAUUUUCGUGAAUAUUUUAUAUUCGAUUAUUUUAAAUAAACACCAUAAAGCUUAACAUAAACAUUUGAGGUGAAUGCGAAAGGCGGCAAAAACGAGUGCGAGUAUGUUUUCAACCACGACGCAGUUGUGGCAUUUAGUGUUUGGCUUAUUGUGGCUUGUGAGUCAGCGUGGCACGUGUGGCAGCCACCAUGAGGAAGGUCGCUAUCCGUGCGCCUUUAUCGAUACGGUCAACAUAACGGGCAGCUACAGCAUGGGAAGUACUUUGAAUGGUUCCUAUAUCCACAACUGGACGGUCAUACCCAAGGAACUGGUGACACCCUAUGACUUUGUGAUCGAGAAUGGCAUCAGGAUUCCAGCUAAUCGACAUCUUCGUGCCUGCAUCUGCCGACUGCGUCCCUGUGUGCGGUUCUGUUGUCCCUCGGGAAAGCUAUAUCAUCUCGAGAGACGUCGCUGUGAGGAUCAUCCGAAUGCUCCUGGACACAGUCACAUGACCAUGGAGCUACACAAUGGCACUCAAGUUCAGCAGGAGCUGAAGUCUUGGUUCAGUGUCCAUGUGGAGUCACCCUGUGAUCAUAUGAGAGCUGUCACAAAGGACGCGGAGUAUCUACACUGGACACUGUACGAGAACGGCUCCAUCAUCCAUCGAGAGCAUCUGUUCACCAAGCAUUAUUGCUUUACCCCCCUGCUAAUUGGGAAGAGUACCUGGAGCUGGCAACCCUUAGCCUGUGCCCCCGAGAAACUACACUUUGUGCUCGGCGUACGCGAAUGGACUUAUGCUAUAUGUCUGCUGAUCUGCAUUAUUUCGAUGUUAAUAGUGCUGGUGGUGCAUUUGAUGUGCUCGGAUAUGCGCAAUAGUUUCUAUGGCGUUGCGAUCAAGGCCUAUACGUUCUGUGUUAUCUUUGGCUAUGCGAUGUUGGCACACCUCACAUUGCACGAUCCCGCAAAUCUGUCAACAGUCGCCUGUCGCAUUCUACCCAGCUUCACGUUGCUCUUUUUGGUGUUAUCCUUCUAUAUACUGAGCUUUAUUUCGUUCAAAUUGUAUCUGAGCUUUAAUGGAGUUGUCCUUACCAAGUUGAUGUUCUGGCUGAUCCUCGGACCAAUUGUCCUGAUCGCAAUCGGUUGGUCUUUCUUUGUGGGUUUCAGCUAUCACGGAGCUAAAUUGGUCUUUGGAGGAGACACCUGUUGGUUCGAUCCUCGUAAUUGGACUGUGAUGGCCUAUUUCUUUGCCCCGAUUUUUAUAGCCUGUGCGAUCAGCACAUUUUUUUAUAUUCUUACUCUGAUUAGGAUCAGUGAAGAACCCUAUAUCGAUUCGGAAAAGAGCUUUGACUACUUGGAAAGGAACCGUCUGGAGUCAUUUUGGAAGUUCUUCAGCUACACGGCACUCAUCUGGUUCGUCUUCGUCUGCUCCUUUGCCUUUAACUAUUAUCGAGGUGAGAAAUCCCAUUUGAACUAUGCCGUAUGCCUGUGCACGGCUUUUCACGGAUUUGCCGCACUCUACGCCCUCAUCGGCAAAAAUCAACAAAUUCAAAACUUCUUGCGCCGCAUGGAGAAUAAUGAUGAGGAUACCGUGGACAACUCUGUACCAAUGUACAUAUAUUAAUGAUUUUUAUAAUUCAACAACUGUACUGUCAACAUGUUGGUGAAGUUUUGUUGUUACUGAACAGUUUAAGAGUCACUGUAAGUCUCUUAGUCGUGUCACACACCAUUCAACAGCAGCCAACAAAUGCGCAUCAGCAAAGACACGAACCCAAAAUCAGCUUUCUCUUCGGUUCGUACAGUGAUAAAAGCUUUAUUUUUUAGAAAUUAA